UUUCAAAGCCCGAAUGUGUUUAGUGCGGACAGACGGACGGGCAGAGGGACAUCAGGACAGAGCCACGAGCAGGAAUUCCAGUCCCUCAGCACAGAGGACACGAGACAGAGCCGAGCACAUCUCCCCGGAGCCUGUCCUCACCCCCAGGGACACUUUAGUCUCCAGCAAACAGGACAUCAAGACUUUCGGAUUUAUUACACACCUUUCUUGGUGACACAAAGAGAAUUCCUCAAGGACACAUUUUGUGAGAGUGGCAGACAUUUGAACUGGCUCGGAGUUGCGCACGGCUCCGAAUUUCCGGAUUCUUCCUUUAAUUACGGGUUGUUUCGGGUUUUCCCUGAAAUCCGCGGACGACAAAGUGAACAGCUAUAGCCUGUUGAAAAAAAAAAAAAGGAAAACUGGACAUAAUUUUGCCAAGUUGGCGGAAUGGUAGAGGACUUUUGGGAAAGGUUUUUGAACGAAUGCGUCUGGAGAGUGGAGAUGCCAACUUUACAGAGAUCUGUGAGAGCCUGAGGCAUCAUCAACAUCUAUCUGGAUCAGCGAUUCAAAGCUGAUUCUCAUCCUGAGCAAGAAGCACAGCAGGCUUUGGCCCACUUCAGAUCUUUCUUAAUCAUCCAGAAGAGGCAGUUGACUUCAAGACAGGGGCGCAAACUGUGCUUGCUCUUUAGCCCUUAUUUGGACAGCGUUUAUGACCAUGAUAUCCAAAGUCUUGAGGACCUGUCCAUUUUCACUCCAGCUCCUCCCUCUCCUGUUGCUGUUGCGGCUGGGUGGUCUCAGCGCUGCACCCUCUGGCCCAGAGUCAGACACCUGCUCCACACUGGUCCAGAACCGCUUCUUUGGCUUCUUCUUUUCCUCGUUUGCCUUUCCCAAUGCUCCUUGUUCCUGGACAUUGCAGAAUCCAGACCCAAGGCGCUACACCAUUUUCAUCAAAGUCACCAAGCCUACAGAAGACUGUGUGCCCCGGCAGCACCGCACCUUCCAAUACGACUCCUUCCUGGAGACCACACGUACCUACCUGGGCAUGGAAAGCUUUGAUGAAGUAACGAAACUGUGCGAUGCCUCCACCCACAUGGCCUUUUUGGAAGCAGGGAAGCAAUUCUUGCAGAUACGGAAAGGACCGGCAAGAGGGGGUUCAGGUCAAGAAGAGGGGAAUGGGGAGUUUAAGGUGGAGUACUUGGUGGUGGGCAAGCGGAACCCCAGCAUGGCAGCCUGCCAGAUGCUGUGCCAGUGGUUGGAGGACUGCUUGACUUACAGCACUUCCAACCGGCCCUGCGGCAUCAUGCAGAUUCCCUGCCAGUGCAGGAACGCUCCACUGCAUGACAAAGAGGGUAAUGGAUGCUACAGAGAUGGAGUCUACCUAGAGAACUGUUUUCCCACUGUGAAAGGAGCACCAUCUGACACAGAUACCAGUGGAGGCUGGAGUAGCUGGAGGAACUGGGGAGAAUGUAGCAGUGAGUGUGGGGGUGGUGUUCAGACACGCACACGUGUGUGUCAGUCAUCUCCGGAGGAGGCGUACCUGUGUGCCGGAGUGCUGGAAGAGGGCCGUCCUUGUAACCCUCAACCCUGCAUUGGCUACAGCCAGUACUCAUCUAAAGCGAAGGUUUUAAGCACACUGAAAUAUACUGGGCUGGAGGACACCAAAUUUGGCAAAGGCCGAUACAGCUCUCGUAGCCAAUCUCUGCGAUCGGCGGACAGCCGCAAACGAGAGGAUGUGGACAAGAGCCGUGCUGGACAGCAGUCUCCUCAGACAGACUCUCCUGUGGGUGAGGAGUGGUCCCCGUGGAGUGUAUGCUCAGCUACGUGUGGCGAAGGCUGGCAGAGUCGCACACGCUUCUGUGUUUCAGCCUCGUACAGCACGCAGUGCAGCGGGCCACUGCGUGAGCAGAGACCCUGCAACAACACCGCCGUGUGCCCAGCCGCUCUGAUUGCAGUGCACGGUGCGUGGGAUGAGUGGUCUCCAUGGAGCCUGUGUUCUUCUACCUGUGGCCGUGGAUAUAGGGACCGCACACGCACUUGCAAGCCACCGCAGUUCGGAGGUGAUGAGUGCGUGGGCCCAGAGAAACAGACCAAAUUCUGCAACAUCGCCGUCUGCCCAGUGGAUGGCGUGUGGAAUGAGUGGUCCAGUUGGAGUUCUUGCUCAGUUUCAUGUGCGAAUGGGACCAUGCAGCGCACACGUGAGUGUAAUGGCCCGUCAUACGGCGGCUCAGAAUGCCAGGGUGAGUGGCUGCAGAUGCGUGACUGCUUCCUCAGGGAGUGCCCUGUGGAUGGACAAUGGCAGCAGUGGAGUUCCUGGUCGAGCUGUACCAAGACGUGUGGUGGUGGGAGCCAGCAGAGGCAGAGAGUGUGCUAUGGACCCUUCUUUGCCGGGGAGCCAUGCCCAGGAGACCACAUGGAAAUACAGCGUUGCAAUGAGAAGAGAUGCCCAGAACCCCAUGAGAUUUGUGAUGAGGAGAACUUCUCAAAUGUAGUGUGGAAGAGAACUCCUGCUGGAGAUACAGCAGCUGUACGUUGCCCACCAAAUGCUGCUGGCACCAUAUUUCGUCGCUGCUCUCUGGAUGAAGAGGGAAUUGCCUACUGGGAAAACCCCUCUUAUAUGAAGUGCAUCUCUAACGACUACCGCAGCAUCCAAACACUGACCCGUGACCACCUGUCAAAGGCACAGAGAGGGCUUGUGGGAGAUGGAGUUUCAGAGGUUAUGAACAAGCUGAAGGUGACUUCCAGUGAGGGGACCAGCUACAGUGGAGACUUGCUGGCUAUAAUCGACAUCCUGAAGAACAUGACAGAGAUAUUUAGGAGGUCCUACUACAGCCCCAGCAGUGCUGACAUGAGGAACUUUGUUCAGUCAGUUAGUAACCUGCUGAUGGAUGAAAACAGAGAGAGAUGGGAAGAAGCACAGCUGUUAGGUCCUAACAUUAAGGAGCUCUUUCGUCUGGUGGAGGAUUUUGUUGACGUCAUCAGCCUCCGUAUGAAGGACUUUCAAGAUAACUAUGAGGUCACAGACAACCUUGUGUUGAGCCUUCAUAAGCGACCUGUUGCAGGCACUGCAGAUAUUAGCUUUCCAAAAAAGGGCUGGAUGGGCAUGGAGGACUGGGCUCGAAACUCUGAGGACAAGGUCACCAUCUCAAAGAGCAUUGUCUCUUCUGGUAACCCAGCUGAAGAUGAGGCUUCAGCGUUUGUAACUGGCAUUGUCCUCUAUCGAAACCUUGGCAGUAUCCUGUCUCUUCAGAGAAACAGCACUGUGUUGAACUCCAAGGUGAUCUCUGUGACAAUCAAACCCACUCCCAUUUCUCUCUCUGCCCCAGUGGAGAUAGAAUUCUCACACCUUUACAACGGCACGACCAACCAAACAUGCAUUUCCUGGGAUGAGAGUGACAGCUCGUCGCCGCUGGGCUCGUGGUCGGCGCGCGCCUGCAGAGCUGUGCCCGUGCACGCCUUCAGGACCAAGUGCGUGUGCGAGCGCCUCUCCGCCUUCGCCAUUUUGGCCCGCCUGAGUCCCGACGCGAGCAUGGAUCCAUCCAAGAGCCAGCUUCCGUCCGUGACGCUGAUUGUGGGCUGUGGGGUCUCCUCGCUCACGCUCCUGCUACUCAUCAUCAUCUACGUCUCUGUGUGGAGGUACAUCCGCUCCGAACGCUCCGUCAUUCUCAUCAACUUCUGCCUGUCCAUCAUCUCCUCUAAUGCGCUAAUCCUCAUUGGUCAGACUCAGACACGAAACAAGGUUGUUUGUACUCUUGUGGCUGCUUUUCUACACUUCUUCUUUCUCUCCUCCUUCUGUUGGGUUCUGACGGAGGCCUGGCAGUCUUAUAUGGCUGUGACCGGCCGUUUGAGAAACCGCAUCAUACGCAAACGCUUCCUCUGCCUGGGAUGGGGCUUACCUGCUCUUGUUGUGGCCAUCUCUGUCGGCUUUACUAAGGCUAAAGGAUAUGGUACAGUUAACUACUGCUGGUUGUCUCUGGAAGGAGGGCUCUUGUACGCAUUUGUGGGACCAGCUGCAGCUGUAGUCUUGGUUAACAUGGUUAUCGGGAUUCUGGUUUUUAACAAACUGGUGUCCAAAGACGGCAUUACUGAUAUGAAACUGAAGGAAAGGGCAGGUCAGAUGACAGUGCCACUGUACAAUAUGACGCUCAAAUGUGCCAAGUGCGGAGUAAUCUCGUCGGCCGACCUUUCCACCACAGCUACCAGUAACGCCAUGGCAUCUCUGUGGAGCUCAUGUGUGGUUCUACCACUGUUAGCGCUCACCUGGAUGUCUGCGGUGUUGGCCAUUACUGACCGCCGCUCAGCUCUCUUCCAGAUCCUCUUCGCCAUCUUCGAUUCCCUUGAGGGCUUUGUCAUUGUGAUGGUGCACUGUAUCCUGCGCAGAGAGGUUCAAGAAGCAGUGAAGUGUCGAGUUGUUGACCGCCAAGAAGACGGAAAUGGCGACUCGGGUGGAUCCUUCCAGAACGGUCACGCGCAGCUCAUGACUGACUUUGAGAAGGACGUUGACAUUGCUUGCAGAUCAGGUCCUGGUAAGCGCUCUUCCCUGCAGGGUGAGGAGAAGUUGACCUCUCAGCAGCUCACAGUACAGAAAGGCUCUAACUUCAACACGAUGCCUGCCAGCAUGGCCAAAGUGCACCUGCAGAACGUCGCAGAAUAUGGCAGCCACACGCUCACUCUGCGCCGUGAUAAAGGAGCUACGGCGGGCAUCAGCACUGAGCUGCCUGGUGCCAAGGCCAUCUACGUAUGUGAUGGAGAGCUUUUCAAACAACUGGAAGGGGACAAUGUGGGGUCUGAGGGAGGUGGAGUGACACAAGGCUACAACAACAAUACCAUCACUGCCACCACCCUCAGGACGACCAAGCCAACCAAAGAGGACUCCAAGUACAACAUCAGCAUCGAGCAUGUGCCACAGACCAGACUCAUCCAUCUGAGCAACACAGCUAGCACAGAGCCUGUGCCAGGAUAUGGGCUAAAGAGUUUUCCUGCUGAUCGAGUGAAUGUGCCAUGCUCAGACAAGGACUCCCCCUUGCAGAACAUCUCCAGCGAGUCACACAGGACUAACAGCGCUUUAGAGCCAGUGGACUCAGGGAAUUCAGGCAUGAUGACGAAGAGCGAGACCAUCUCUACACUGUCCAUGAGCUCCUUAGAGAGACGAAAAUCACGCUACGCAGAGCUGGAUUUUGAGAAGAUCAUGCACACGAGAAAACGCCACCAGGACAUGUUCCAGGACCUGAACAGAAAAUUGCAGCAUGCUGAGAAAGACAGAGAAUCUCCGCCGGUGGACAGCAAGCCUGGGAAGAGGUGGAGCGUAUCAUCUGGAGGCAGUGAUAAGACCAACCUUAGCGAUAAGCAGCAGACGCCCAGCAAGCGCGCAUGGGAGGGCAUCAGGAAGACUCACUCUCCCCCCUCGUGGGUGCGGAAGGAGCUUGAGCCACUACAGGCUUCUCCUCUGGAGCUGCAGGCUGUGGAGUGGGAGAAGACCAGCGCCACCAUCCCACUGGUGGGCCAGGAGAUCAUGGACCUGCAGACGGAAGUCUGAGCAGCCUACAGCUCCACAUAGAGGUGUAGGAAAAAAAACUCCACUGGCAGGGAUAAAGAGAGAGACAUACAGGGAGAGUGAGAUGCGAAAGAGCGAUGAAACAGGGCAAUUUUUCUGGUGUACAAUUUGUUUUAUUUUGAUGCUGGAAUGGCAAUCAUAACACUUGGAAAACAAGUGGCCUGAACAUGUCAUUGUAUAAAUGGCCUGGCAUUGCUCAGACUGUUGAGACUGGGUGAGUGUAGUGUUGGCAUUUUGGGAUGUUUCUAUGGGAACAAAAAAGGGGGGACUGAAAAAGAGAACAUAAAUUCAGGUGGUUGGAAGGAGGAUCCUGAAUGUGUGGCCUUCAGUUUCUUACAUUUUUUUUUUUUUUGCACUCACACACACACACACACACACACACACACACUUAUUUUAGACCAUUAUGGAUAAAGGAUGUUUGGAUUAUUAACCACAGGGAGACUUUUAGCAAAGGUAUCUUGUGAAACAAAAGGUGUGAAAAGCCAGAAAACCUCAUGAGCAGUCCAUAUCCUUAAUCAGUCAUCAUGAAUGUAAUGUUUUAAUUAUUAUUAGUAUUAUUAUUAUUAUUAUUAUUAUUAUUGCUCAUGUGCCACAAAAGAUUCUAUGCUGCUUUGGCUGUGAUGGGUGGCAUGGUGAUAAGGUCUCCAUUACCCAAAUAUAGAGCCCAAAGCCAUCAGAACAUGACUGUUAAUGAGAGGAACAGCUGCCCGUACCCUCCCCACUAUCACAGAAUGAGAGAUAUGACCACACAACCCUCCUCAACUUAAAGCACCCCCUGUCAGUGCCACUCCUAUCUCCAAAUGAACCAGCGAGCCAUCCAACACACGCCAACCAUUCAUGGAUGCUUUAGAAACAUCUGUGCAAGUCUGCGAUUUUACUCCGCAGCAUCUCAUCGAGUGACUCUUAUUCGAUCCUUUUGGUGGACGCUAUUCAGUCCAGAUGUGAAGAGAAAGGACAUGACAUGGUGGAUGAGAACAUAUUACCCAUCUGUGCUGUGCCCAUGGCAUGUAAGCAUGAUGCUCUUCACUUUAUGGUGAUGUCUUGACACGCUUGUCAGAACUCUUAAAAGGUGUCAAUCACCGUAAGCAAGAGAAAGUGAGAUGAAAAUACUCAGAGUAUGUUUUGAAGGUAAGGGGAACGAAUAUACAAUAUAUGUUUAAUGUAUCUUAUAAUUAGAUUUGAAGAGUAUAUGAAUUUGCAGAGAGUUUAUGUGAUGAAAUGAUGACGGUUGCACACAGAGAAAGCACAAGGCUCACUCUUCAGAGUCCUGUUGUAUUGUACAGCAUUGUAAUUAUUUCCAAAAGAGUUCUACACAAUGAAUUUUAGCCUAUAAAUAUCUUUCUUACUGUGCUUGGGGAAUAUUGUUAUUCUUAUUAUAAAAAUCAUUGCGAAAUCCCCAAAUCUUGUCAGGUUACUGGACUAUAUGAGUGUUCUGUAACUUUAUGUAACAGUGUGUGUUUUAAUAUCACUGACUGUCACUCAAGAAGAUCUGUACUUGUCUGAACUUCCUGUUCCCACCAUCUCCUCCCCACUCUCUCUUUUUUAGUUCACUGGGUCUUUUUUGUUAAUGUACAGUUUUCAGAGCACAAGAUGAAUGUGUCAUAUUUCUAAUAAAAUGUCUAUAUAAUCGUU